AUGUCUUCACGAACAUUCAAGACCCGUGCCUUCAUAGCAACAAGCAUAGACGGCUAUAUAGCACGCCAUAAUGAUGAUGUCACUUGGCUCACAAACCCCCCCAAGAAUAUCCACCACAUCCCGCCCACUUUCCCGCGCACAGUGGACAACGUGAAGGAACAUAUGUCCCGCGUAGACUGCAUGAUAAUGGGACGCAGGACUUAUGAAUAUUGCAUUUCGCUUCCGGAGUGGCCUUAUUCUGUUAAGCAGACGUUUGUUCUAAGUAAGACAAUGGCGCCGGGGAUUCUUGUGAAGAACAAUGUGAAGGUUGAAGUUGUAGGUUCUACUGAAGCGGCUGGAGCUCUGUUUGAAAGAGAGGGAGUGGGGCUUGUUUAUAUUGAUGGAGGGAAGGUUAUAACCGAUUUUUUGAGAAAGGGUUGGGUCGAUGAAAUGGUGAUUACGACAACACCUGUGCUGAUUGGGGCUGGAGUGAGACUGUUCGGUGAGUUGGGUCAUGAUGUGAGGUUUACAUUAGUUGGUGUGGAUACUAUCGAGGACGGGAAUGUCUCGAUUCAUUAUGCAGCUGUAAGGAAGGGCGAAGAGUAG